ACAUUACACUAAAAUAUGUUUCUGAAACGAUUUUAGAUGAGAAAUAGGCAACACAGUAACAGAAUAUUGCUUCAUAUCUGAUCAGAACUGCCUAGUCUGACACUGAGAAUGACCUGUCAAUCACAAGGUAGCCACCCCCGAAAGCAUACGCAACUUUAUCGUCUAUUUUAUUCUAAAUUGGACCAAAAUUUACUAAAUGAACAGAAAAACUGUUUACUGAGCUAAUAAAUCAAGUGAGAAGCAUGGUAUCGGUGUUUUAUUGCAGCUGAUGGAGCUCCACCUGCUGGCCAUUACAUAGAAUGAAGGUUUAAGACACUUCCAUGUUGGCUUCACUUUACAGACUCGGUAUAGCUCUCUCCAUUAUAUAAACUGACAACCUAGAGGCCAUUAGAAGAGCUGCAACUGAACAAACUUCAGCCGUUUCCGAUUGCGUUGAACUAAAAGCAUACACUGACUGUGAACACAGUGAAGAGGUGUGAAAACAAAUCGACUUUAAUUUAACCUUCUGACCUGCAGAACAAAUAACACAACAACAACAUGGCUCCACAUUCUGGCAGGUCACCCGAGAACCUGAUAACAGGAGGAGGUCACGUUGUUUUGAACGACUUCCAAACUGUUGACACCAGCUGGAAGUGUGAGGUGUCUGUGACCAGCAGGUGUGUUAAUGUGCUAAAACAAAGUAAACCACAUACAGAUUGAAGUGAGACAAUUAAACAAGUGAUAUUUAUCAUAUCACAGGAUAUGGUGACAUAACACCCCAUCCAGCAGCCAUAUUGGAGGACCUCUGCUCUGUGAACUGCUGAUUGUGUUUAUGUGUUUAAAUAAACUGAACAAUAGUUAAAGCAACAUUCAUUUCAAAUUUUCACUCUCCUUUUAGCUCUAGUUUGGUCUCCUGAGAAAUAUACCUUUCUCUUUAGCAGUUAGAUGUUCCACUUUCUUCACCAGCUGGUCUCUUAGUCUGUCUGUUGUUUGGUGCUGAGCAGGUAGUGUACAAUGGCUUUAUAAGAGCUUGAAAAUAGCUGCCUGCUGCCAUAUUGUAAAUGUCCUGUAAAACCAAAACUAGGAGAUAAAAGAGGCUAAAAAGGAGCUGAAAAGUGGUGGCAAUUCUCUGUGCAAUCAUCAUUAUGAGUCAUUAUUGUCCUUUGUCCUUUAAUUAUUUCAUCUCUCAUCCAUCAAACUGGUAUUGUCUUGUUUCCAUUAGGUACAAAAAAACCAAACAAACAUACAAGAUCUCUGUUCACACAUCUGGGACUAUGAAGCUCUAGAAAUUAUGAAGCUCAAGAGUCAAGUGUCUUAUUGGAGAGUAGAAAUAAACUCAAAACAACGGCUUCCUGGAAAUGAAUCUUAAAGCUGAUAGAUGAUUAGGAAAAAGUCAGAAAAUAAUAUCCAGUGUUAUAUUUUAGGUUAAACACGCUGAAAUCCCAAGUUUGUGCGUUUGUUUUGUAACUGAACCUGUUUCCAUUCUCAGUCUGGACUGCACUGCUGGAUGACAGCAACAAUCCAGGUCAAAGGUCAAAUUUACAUCAGAUUUAGGAGAGUGGUGUUAUGUCACUCAGAGUCUUUUCACUUCAUGUAAUGUGAUCUGAUUGCCAAGCAGCUUGUUAAACAUGCUCAGCGAUGGAGCUCUGAUGGUUGUCUUGGCAACCAAACAACAAACCUUAAGACUGAGCGUUAUUCCUACACAUCCGUACAUAUGUUACAAAUGUGACAAAUACAGGGUAUACACAAUACUGACAACAUCUAUGCCACAUGAUCGGAUUCAACAGCCCAGUUAAAUACACAUUGUGUGCAGAUUUAUAUCAGCAAUAAUAACAUUGUUCUCACCAAGUUAAUACUUGAUAUUAACAAACAAGUUGUCAGAUGGGUCAAGAAACACGAGCAGUCAAACAAUCACACAGUUUAGAGACAAACUUCAGACGUUCAAAACGUGGCGUGAACCUGGAACUUGUCUUUACACAAAUUGGCUCACAUUUGCGUCCCCAAAAUCAAACAAAGCUGUCAGCCGUAAAUGAGCCAGAGCUUUUGGAGGGUGCAGGGUUAAGUUCUUGGUCUUUUCUCUUUCUAUUUAAUUAGACUAUGUCCUUUUGUAUUUGAAAACCAACUUUCAGAGAACUGAGGUAAAGUGACUGCAAAUUCAACAUUUUACCUUUGGCUGGAGUCCCGUGCUGCCUCUGUCUAAUCUCAUUGUGUUGAGUUCAUUCUUGACCUUGGACACAGCAGUUGCUAAAUCUCAACUAAAGGUCCAUUUAGUAGCUGAUUUGGAGCUUUCAAUCAUAUCACACAAUCUUCAACAAGACUUUUUUGGAUUAGUUGAAAGACUUCUCAUUCAUGUUGGCUUGAAAGCUUACUGUCAAAAUUUAUUUUACUAAAUAGAUUUUGAGGUGCUUUCUGUCUUGCUCUUUUGUUUUUUAUUUGAGCUGCACAAAGACAAAUUAUUUUAUCACUUUAGUUAUAUUAAUAUGUUUGGGACUUGAUAUAACUUGAUAUGAUUGUGGAGAUAAAAACUAGUCACUGUUUUGUUUAUAUUCCACCAAAUGUCCAUAUGAAAGUCUUACAAAUCAAUCUGUUCUGUCUUGCCGUUGUUGUGUUCUGGUGUAAACACCAUCAGUUCUCCUCAGUGCCAGCCGGAGCUGUACUGUACAUAAUCCCACCAUCCUCAGGGAGAGCAAGUGUUUCCCUGACAACACCACAACCAUGGCGUGUUUCUGUGUCCUGGCUCGUUGCAUAAGGUUGUAGAGCUUUAUCUGAUGUCUCCCCACAGCGUUUUGUUCCCUUCGUUUCUUUUGAGGCACAAGUCGCUGAUGAGCUCUCAGCACAGGCGACUCAGAGGGCUCACAUUCCUACAGUAAGCCUAUCUCAUUGACCCCCCACCCAACACCCUAAAAAAAGACAGGACGGUCAGCGGUAUGGAGGCCCACCCCCUUUCUCUCUGUCAGGCUCCUCUGGCAGCUGGGACCAGUAGGUGAAUGAGGACCCGAUUUGCCACCAGUCAUCAACGGCAUCCCUGAUCUGAAGGAAUCUGAUGGAGAACAAGUCAAUGAGCAAAAGGAGAUUCAAGCAGGGAAGUUAGGGAAGUUUUCUUCAAGUACACAAGGAGAUCAAAGUGCAAGAAGGAGAGUUAAAGAUAGAGAUUUAAGUGUGCAUAGAGUCCUAAAACGAGCAGAGAACCAUGAGUACCUUUGGGUACAGCAAGGAGCUGAAGAAGUACGAGGAAGUGGACGAAGACGAGCUGCUGGCCACUCUGUCGUCUGAGGAACUCCAGGAGUUGGAGAGGGAGCUGGCCAACCUUGAUGACAACAUCCCCAUUGGCCUGAGACAGAAAGAUCAGACUGCCAAAACUCCAACGGGGACCUUCGACAGGGACUCUUUGCUGAAAUACUGGGAGGACGAGAACAAGAAGCUGGUGCAGGACGAGAGGAUGGAGUCCAACGGCAGACAGGAGGGACACCCAGAUAAGAGCAGAGGGGAGCGAGUGACAGUGACCACCAGUGACGCCAGCAAGACUCCAGACAGUGACAGGAAGAAGAUUUCACAAAAGGGGAAGAAAGUGCAAAGUGUCUUUAGCAAAAAGGUUGCAAAGGAAGAUGAGGUGGAAAAGAAAGAUCAGUGUAAAAAAGAGGCUCCGAACAGAAAUAAAUUUCCUCAGAAGAUUGGUCUGUCGAAAUGUUCGAGGAGUGAAUCGAGGAGGACUGAAACCAUAAACCAAAACCUGAAUGCAACCACUGACAGAGCAAGUGGAAACCCGACAGUCAUCGACAAAACUCUGGAGCAGAUCCUGUGUGAUGAUCCCACAAUGAGUGAAGUCAACCUCAACAACAUAGAAGACAUUUCCCAGGAAACCUUGCUUCGUUUCGCCGAGGCCCUGUGCACAAACACUCACGUUCACGUUUUCAGCCUUGCCAACACCCAUGCUGAUGACCGGGUUGCUUUCGCCAUCUCCAAGAUGCUCUGUGAAAACCAGUUUAUCAGAAACUUGAACAUCGAGUCCAACUUCGUGUCUGGUCAGGGUAUCCUGGCUCUGCUGGCGGCGCUGCAGCACAACAGAACACUGGUGGAGCUUCGCUUUCACAACCAGAGGCACAUCUGCGGGGGGAAGGUGGAGAUGGAGAUGGUCCAGCUGCUGAGGGAAAACACCACUCUCCUCAAGCUCGGUUAUCAGUUCGACCUACCGGGCCCGAGGAUGACAGCGACCAGCAUCCUGACACGCAACCAAGACCAACAACGACAAAGGAGGCUCCAAGAGAAGACAGAACAGAGUCCUUCAGAGGUGUCAGCACAAGGUUCUGGUUCAUCUGCAGAAAAAAGACCACCAAAGAAGCCGUCACAAACUUCUAAAACUGUUGAAAAUCAUAACAGAAAUCAUCCUCCUCCUUCUAUGUCUCUAGACCCACCAACAAGGAAGAUAGCUGAAAUGGUCAAACAGCAUGAAGGCUCGAAUAGUGUGAAGACUCAGUCAAACCAAAGGAAACCCAAGUCAAAGAAGCUCAAGAAUGGUGCCAAUGAGAAGGAGAGCGCAGAUAUUUUCAAAGAUCUGAAAAACUCCUUGAAGCCAUCUCUGCAGAAGAGACGAGAUGAAUCAUCACACCUGCCACCGCCACAAAGGUCAAGCCGCGAUGACCUGAUGGCGGCAAUUCGUGGGAGCAGCAUCACAUCCUUAAAAAGGGUGGAUCUGUCACAGGCCUGAACUCACCUCCUGAUCACACUUGAACUCUUCUCACUUUGUAUUGAAAUGUUCUAUUUUUAUUUCACGCCAAAUGUCACUUUUUAACAGCAUCUUAUUUAACUCGUCACACAGCGUAGCGGCAGACUGCAUUUCUGUGUGUUUCAAAUUGUAUUGUAUUUUGUUACUGUGUGAAACCUACUGUGAAUACUGA